CCCGCCUGUGCCACGGCGCGACGACCGGGGAGAAGGAGGCGGCCGCCCCCGCCCGGGAGUGCACAGCGCCGGGCGUUUGGGGCGGUUGCGGCGGCGCCGGGCACCGAGGGACCGUCCCCCCAACGCCCCGCCAUCUUGCACCGCUGCGGCGCCCGCUGCAGGGGGGGCCCGUGGGGCGCGGGCGGCCGGCGGGGGGCGGGUGUUGAGGCCCACGUCCCUCCUCCUUGUGGGAGCGGGGGGAGUUACAGUGUAGCCGGGAUGGGUUUUAUGUAACUUGGGUCACGCUCGUUCAUCCGUCCAUUCAUUCCCUGGCGCGAUGAGCACGACCCCUUGGCAGGGCCCAGCUCGGGGGCAGGGGUGUUGUUGGAGCAGGGGGAGGCAUCUACACCCGCAGGGCCCAGGGCCCAGAAGGCUUUGGGGAGAGCAAGGCUCAAUGCUCCUGGCAGAGGAGUCGGCCCCUUAGGGAGAAGGUGCCGGAACGUGACCUUCUCCUUCUAAGGGGGCCGCUUGUAUAGAAAGUACCCAAAAGGCAAAGGAAUGGUCCCGUCCUUUCCCUUCAGACCUUACAGGUCCCCUGAAGGGGCAGUUCCACCCCACCAAGGACCUGCGGAGAACAGGGUAUCCGGAACCUUCUUACCAGCCCUGAUUGUAUGGCGGCUGCUCUAAGCAGCUUUGCCCCCAGGCCACGGUGGAGGAUGAAGGAGCCACAGGUCAAGUGGCCAGUAGAGGGCCUGGUCUGUGGCAGGUGCUCAGAUCCCAGGGGCUAGGAGGGUCAGAGGCCACCGAGGGUGGGGGUGGCUGAGGGCUGUGAUCUAGGAAUGUACCCAGGGAAAGGGGGCUGGGUCCACAGUCGAGGACCUCCCCUCCCACCCAAGCAGGUGUCCCACAUAUCUGGACCCCAACCAAUCUGGGCAGGCUCCUUGGGGACACGCAGGGGAGAUGGCCAGUGGCCAUAAGCUGCCUGUCCAGAGCCUCUGCACCACUGUGGCUGGCCUCAGUGACCAGGGUCAGAAGAUAGUUUUCUGUGCCACGGUCUACAAAUGAACUCACGUGUGCAUACACACUCCCAACACUCAGAGGCCACCUGGAGCAGAAGCCUCAGGCAGAGGGUGGCUCAGAGCUCUGAGGCUCUGAAUCCUCCUCUGGGGUCCAGGCAGGGCAGGGGAAGACCCAGGGGUUCUAGGUGCAACACCCCAUUUGACCGUAGUGACACCCCUCCCCCACACCCCACACCUGCCCCCCCUGCCCCCCUGCAGGGAACCAGGGUCCUCUGAGGUUUUUCCGGAACCAGGAGCCCUGCUACUCCCUGGGCAUGGUGACCAUUGAACUAGUCAGAAGCACUGAGGAAGGCCGCGAUGAGCAGCGCACCCCAAUCCUGACCCACACGGCGGCCGGAGCAGAGCCGCCUGGGGGCCUGAGGGCCAGGAUGGAUGAGGACUUCUCCUCUCAGAUGAAGAAGAUGGCCUUGGCUAUGGGCACGUCCCUGUCGGACAAGGACAUAGAGCUGCUGCCCACGGACAUGAGGCAUCACGGCUCCUUCAGCUACCCUCAAGUUCCGGAGCACAUGCAGAAGUUCCAGGCCUCGGGGCAGCUGGACAGUGCCAUCCGCCAGGCCUUCCAGACCCUGGACAAGGACAAGAGUGGCUUCAUCGAGUGGAAUGAGAUCAAGUACAUCCUCUCCACCAUCCCGAGCAGUGGGCCCACCGCCCCGCUGACAGACGAGGAGGCAGAGGCCGUGAUCCAGGUGGCCGACACGGAUGGGGACGGGAGGAUUGACUUCGAAGGUGGGUCAGCACGGACCAUGGGGCUACAGGAACCUCUCAGGCCCUUCCUGGCCCGCCCCUCCGGGACCCCACUUCACGUCAGGUGCCCAUCUGGGCACAAUACCGAGUAGGAUCCCCCACCCCAGGCACGAGGUUCACAGCCACCGUCCCCACCGCAGACGGGAAACCAAGCGUUGGGGAUGGGCGGAGGGGAGCCGCUGCGGGUGUCUGAGUCGGGGAGAGGUGGGCUGAGAGGGCUGUGGGGGGGCUCAGCUGGACGGCAGCUGGGGUCCGAGGCGCGCUGGACGGAGGGAGCGCUCUGAGGUGGGGAGGGGUUUUGAAGAUAGGAACGGGGACCCGAGGCCCUCCAUGGCUACCCUGGGGUCUGGCCAUCUUCUAGACCCCCUCCCCAGUUGCUGGCCCUGGGGCCGGAAGGCAGAGGGCAGCAAGGCGGCCCUGAGAAGAGUCGAGCGAGGCUCAGCGCCCCAGACGGACGGGCCUCCAGACCGCACUGCCCGCUGGGAGCCUGUCCUCACUUCUGGGCCAGCAAACCCUGCCUUGUGGGGUAGCCACAGGACUUCACGGAAGGGCAGCCUGGCUGAGGCGACGGCCCAGGACUCGGUGCCCCAGCCGCUCUGUGCCUCGGUUUCCCCCACCGAGAAAGGCAGGACGAUCUCAGCUCUGAAGGAAUUCCUGAGGGUCCCCGCAGAGACCCAGUCCGUCAUAAACCCCCAAAGGCGGCUGUCACACCUCCACCAAGUGGGCCAUGGGUGGGGGCAUGGGGCCCACAGCUCUGGUCAAUGCUGCUCCCCGGGACCAGGAGGGCAGGAUACGGGGUCCCCUACACCGUGAGACCCCCCGCAUCAAGUGGGGCAUGCCUCCCUGUUGGGUCUUCAGCGCUUGAGAGGCACAAAGCAGGGGGAUUAUUUGCUAGAAAUCUGUCUCCUAUUCUAGAAUUUUCUGAAUUGAUCAAAAAGGAGAAAAUGCCAAAGAAGAAAUAGAGCCACGCCCAGCCCUGGGCCGGGGGAGGGUACCCCGCGGGGCAUCGUGGGACAUCUACGCAGCCGACCAAGGAAGCGGUAGGGGUGGACGCAGCACGUGCCAGGAAAAUGGAAGAACGGCAUCAUUAAAU